GGUAAGGCCUGGGAUGCUAGUUCCUUGUGAGGGAGCAGAAGUAGAAAGAGGUGAGAGAACAACCUUUUGCGGAAGAGGGGACCUAUCAACCGGCUUCACCUAUGGUUUAGGACCAUGAAACGCUGCCUGGAGGAGCAGUAUUGGGAUUGGCUGUUGCACAUCUGUGUCCCCUGCACAGUACGAUGCACUGGACCCCAACACAAGAGCUGUGACAUGUUUUGCAAGUCUCUGAUGUGCAGCAAGGAAAAAGGUAGCUACUAUGACCACCUUGUGCAAGAGUGCAUCAGCUGCUACUCCAUCUGUGGACAGCACCCGAAGCAAUGUGCACACAUCUGCCAAGCCACAGUAGGCCCCCUGCCACACCUGGAGAAGCAGCAGAGUGAAGACCCAGCACCAUCGGCUCUGGUCUACACCGUCCUGGGGCUGUGCGUGUGUGCUAUUUUUUGCUGCUUUUUUAUCAAGAUGGCGUGCUUCCUCAUUAGGAAGGGGAACCAGCCUGGGCCAAAGAGGGAGCAGACUUCCAUUGAGGAUCAUUUAAUGGAAGCAGGAAGUGCUGGAAAUGGAUCCAAGGAUCUCAAGAUACCGGAGCCUGUAGAAACAUGUAGUUUUUGCUUCCCGGAACAGACUCCCCCCACGGAAGAGAGCACAGCCCCUACGGAGGUCUCAUGUCCCGAGGUCCCACCUCAGCAGGAAAAUGUAGCCGCCACCCGGGCAUGGGUUAACCUGGUUGGGACGGCAUCCUUAGGGCCUACCUCGGGCUGCAAGGAAGGUUGCCUCAAGAUCAUCUGCUCACCCUCCCAGGAGAAAACGCCCUCCCCAUAAAAUGGACAAAGGACGCACCACGCGAAGGAGCUGGAGUGACUGCUGUCUGUUCUUUCCCCGAACAAACAUCUUCACGAAACACUGAUUUCCUUCUGCUAUGGAAAUCAAAUCUCAUUUCUGUAGCGCUCCCCUCCCCUUCCCUACUUGGUUAUUCUCCCGGAGAUCAUUCCCUGCCUCUCCUGCCCUCCUAAUAUGGCAGAAAUUGAACAAAAAUCU